GCCCAUUUCCAGCAGUCACAAUGGCCCGCCGUCCCGCGAGAUGUUACCGCUACUGCAAGAACAAGCCCUACCCUAAGUCCCGGUUCAACCGUGGUGUUCCCGACCCCAAGAUCCGUAUCUUCGAUCUGGGACGUAAGAAGGCCAACGUCGACGACUUCCCUCUGUGCGUGCACAUGGUCUCCAACGAGUACGAACAGCUGUCCUCCGAGGCCCUCGAAGCCGCCCGUAUCUGUGCCAACAAGUACCUCGUCAAGAUCACCGGUAAGGAAGGUUUCCACAUGCGUGUGCGUGUGCACCCCUUCCACGUCAUCCGUAUCAACAAGAUGUUGUCCUGCGCCGGAGCCGAUCGUCUCCAGACUGGUAUGCGUGGUGCCUUCGGUAAGCCCCAGGGUACCGUUGCCCGUGUGAACAUCGGCCAGAUCAUCCUGUCCGUCCGCACCCGUGACUCCAACCGCGCCGCCGCCAUCGAGGCUCUGCGCCGUGCCCAGUACAAGUUCCCCGGUCGCCAAAAGAUCAUCGUCUCCAAGAACUGGGGCUUCACCCCCGUCCGCCGUGAGGACUACAUCCAGCUCCGCAACGAGGGCAAGCUCAAGCAGGACGGUGCCUACGUCCAGUUCCUGCGUGGCCACGGUCUGAUCGAGGAGAACAUGAAGCGCUUCCCUAACGCCUACGAGAACCUGUCUCAGGCUUAGAUGGUUUCCCAGUAGCGUUAGAGAAAAGAGAUGAAAAAAUGACAACCAAUUUUCAGUUCCCCGUUUUCAUGUUACCCCCCCAUCCUGGAAAGGAUUUGAUGUCAUUUAGUGGUGCUCUCACGUACGGCGGAGUUGAUUAAUCAUGGAAUUUCC